AUGGGGAAGAAAACACCAGUCUCUAAUGUUAUAAUAGUCGGUGCCGGACCUUCGGGAUUGCUCCUGGGCAUCCUGCUUGGAAAAGCCGGCGUAAAGGUAACGCUCGUGGAAGCAGCGGCGGAGUUGGACAAAAAUCCCCGAGCGGCGCACUAUGCACCUUCAGCCGUAUACGAGUUGAACCGGGCUGGGGUUCUGGAAGAUGUCAAGGCCAAGGGCAUUCACCCUGAUGCUGUUUGUUGGCGGAAUCCUGACGGGUCGUUCAUCGCCGGCAUCAAAAGUCGGUUCGAUAUCGAGUUUCCAAUGGUCUGUCUUCCACUAGAUCAGCUCGACGAAUUGCUUCUGGAGCAUUUCCUGCGGCUCCCAACUGCGGAGGUCCUCUGGCUGCAUAAGGUGGUUUCAAUCGACCAAGACGAUGAUCAAGCCCGAGUGCAUAUUGAGGCGCCCAGCGGAAAGAUUACCUUGUCAGCGGAUUAUAUUGUUGGAUGCGAUGGAGCAAACAGUCAGAUAAGGAGAUCGCUUUUUGGAGACCUUAACUACCCUGGAGAGACCUUGACGAAACAAAUCAUUGCAACCAAUGUUUAUUAUGACUUUAAGCAAUUUGGAUACUGGGAUUCCAACUUUAUCAUUGACGAAAAUGAUUGGUAUAUGGCAGCACGGCUGACGGACAGUGGACUGUGGAGAGUGACUUACGGAGAUGUCUGGGGCCUGUCCAAUGAAGAAUAUCUUGCCCGUCAACCAGAACGGUUCGCCAAAAUCCUACCUGGAAAUCCAAAGCCUGGCGACUACAAGCUUGCAAGUGCUAGCCCGUACAAACUGCAUCAAAGAUGUGCAGAGUCCUUCCGAGUGGGCAGAUUCCUUCUGGCAGCUGAUGCAGCACAUCUGUGCAACCCCUUUGGUGGGCUUGGAUUAACAGGUGGAAUCGCGGACGUGGGAAGUCUCUACGACGCGCUCAUCGCCUUGAAGGAAGGCAAGGCCGACGACAGCAUUCUGGACAAGUACAGCGAAGUGAGAAUAAAAAAAUGGCAAGACAUCAUCGAUCCCAUGUCGCGAGCAAACUUUCGGCGUGUGUGUCUAGAUGAAGCUGAAUCGGAGAGAAACGAAUUCUGGAAGCUAUGUGAGAAAAUGGAAAAGGACGACGAGCUCUCGCGCCAGAUGGCACAGGGGACCAAUGUGCUCCGAGAGGACUUCAGAGAGUACUUGACUGCACAGUGA